GAACCCCACCACAACGCAACAAACCACAACGAAGACACCCACCAACUCGAAUCCCAAUAAACCAUUUUGAAUACACUCAACAAAUCACAAAGUAAAAGUUUCAUCUGAAAGAAUUGAAUCAACUUGGUGAAAUCGGAAAUCCCCUUUUUUCCUUCUUCUUCCUCUAGAUUCAUCAAAUUUCAAAUUUCGAGACCCCUGCUGCAGAAAUUCAGACAAAUAAGAUGUCAAUUUACAAAGCGAAUUUCUUUGAUCCUCAAUCAGCGGCGGAGACGGCGGUGUCGGUAAUUGGGUACGGCUACGACCUCACUUCCGAUAUCCGGUUAACCGGUUGUAAACCCGGUCCAUCCGGGUCACCACUAAUCGAACUCGACGGAACCCUAACUAAAGAUCUAGUAAUUCCCGGCGGCGUCGUUGUCCCCAAUGUUUCCCCGUCGAUUAAGUGCGAUAAAGGUGAACGUACCAGGUUCCAUUCCGAUGUUCUUUCCUUCAAUCACAUGUCGGAGCAAUUCAAUCACGAAUUAUCAUUAUCGGGAAAGAUACCUUCAGGGUUCUUCAAUUCAAUGUUCGGUUACAAAGGAUGUUGGCAAAAAGACGCUCCGAUUACAAAGAAUCUAGCAUUUGACGGCUGGUUUAUUACAUUGUACAACAUCGAAUUAGCAAAAUCCCAGAUUUCGUUGUCUGAGAAAGUGAAGCAAGAAGUGCCUUCUUCAUGGGAUCCCACUGCUCUUGCUGAGUUUAUAGAUAAAUAUGGUACUCAUAUUGUUGUCGGGGUAAAGAUGGGGGGUAAAGAUGUAAUUUACCUAAAGCAGCUACAAAGUUCCAAUUUAGAGCCCACUGAAGUGCAGAAUUUGUUAAAGAAAUUAGCGGAUGAUGAAUUGUCUGAAGAUGUAUAUGAAGGUUCGGUUUCGGGCUCAAAGCAAAAGGAUGCACGAUCUGUAGCUUGGGAUCUCCCUCCUAUACUCGCGAAUUCUCUACGACAAUCCGUUGUUUCCCAAUCCAAGAACGAUGAUCUACUAAGCAUUCAUGUACGUCGCGGAGGAAUUGACCAAGGUCAAAGCCACAAAAGUUGGCUUUCAACCGUAUCACAAUCACCUAAUGUCGUUUCUAUGUCAUUUAUUCCAAUUGUCGCGCUUUUAAGUGGGGUCCGUGGUAGUGGGUUUUUAAGCCACGCGAUUAAUCUCUACCUUCGAUAUAAACCACCAAUUGAGGAGCUUGAUCAAUUUCUCGAGUUCCAGUUACCACGACAGUGGGCCCCAGCAUAUGGCGAUCUUCCACUCGCCUCUCGACGCAAGAAAAACCCGUCACCAUCACUUCAGUUCACUUUCUUGGGUCCUCGGCUUUAUGUCAACACUGUAAAGGUGGAUUCAGAAAAUAGGCCCGUGACAGGUGUGCGAUUAUACCUAGAAGGACAAAAAAGCGACCGGUUAGCCAUCCAUCUACAACAUUUAUCAUCCGUCCCAAAAACACUCGAACUGUCAGACGAUUACACCUACAAACCAACCGACGAGCCAAUCGGAAAAGGCUACUUAGAGCCCGUAAAAUGGAGCAUUUUCUCCCACGUAUGCACGGUCCCCGUUGAAUAUAGUGGGACCCGCAUCGAUGACUCAGCAUCCAUAGUCACAAAAGCAUGGUUUGAAGUCAAAGGCUUAGGUAUGAAAAAAGUCCUCUUUUUAAGGCUCGGAUACUCUAUGGUAGGGUCCGCAAGGAUCCGAAGGUCAGAAUGGGAUGGACCGUCGAUGCAUUCUAGGAAAUCGGGGUUGAUGUCGACAUUGAUGAGUACACCGUUUAGUAUAGGGCUCAAUGCGCCUGAUCAGAAGCCUGUAAAGGUGGAUUUGAAUUCGGCUAUUUAUCCGGGUGGCCCGCCUUUGAGAGCACCGAAAAUGUCGUAUUUUGUUGAUACUAGGGAAAUGGUGAGGGGCCCGGAAGAUCCGCCAGGGUAUUGGGUGGUCACCGGAGCUAAGCUGUGUGUCGAGGGUGGAAGGAUUAGAGUCAAAGUUAAGUAUUCUUUGUUGACGAUAAUGUCCGAGGAUUCGUUGUUUAUGUGAACAAAAGAAAAUGUAUAGCAUUGUUGUAUUGUUAUCCAUUACCAAUUGUACAUUUUUUUGGUAAUUUUUUUAUUCAUAGCUACGAUUAUAGAGGUUCAAAUUUUAUUGGGGUUUAAAUUUUAAUGCAAGAAAUAACA